UGAACCACUUCCUGUUUCUCGUCGUUCCCACACACACACGUGAAGGUCAGCAAUAAACCCUUCAAGCGCUGAUAAAUACAUACAUACAGCAAGCAUUGUCCCUUUUUAUCCACUAUGGACGGCCAGGGAGCGACAGCUGACCCUCAGCUUCAACAUUUUAUCGAAAUCGAGUCUCAAAAACAAAGGUUUCAGCAGCUGGUGCAUCAAAUGACUGAGGUUUGCUGGGAGAAAUGUAUGGAUAAACCUGGGCCAAAGCUGGACUCCAGGACAGAAGCGUGCUUCGUUAACUGCGUGGAGCGAUUUAUUGACACCAGCCAGUUCAUCCUAAACAGACUGGAACAGACUCAAAGGAGCAAAGGGUCAUUCUCCGAGUCCAUGUUGGACUAAAAACUGUCUGUGGGCAGACUGACAAGGCACAUGUGCACGGCCACUGCUGUGAGAAGAGGCAUUUGGUCCUGACAUAGCUGCCUGUACAGUAUGUUGAAGACCCGUUCAGUCUACUUGGAGAAGGAACAUCAAGUGUUAAAUCUGAUAGAAUUGUCUGAGAUUAACACCAUGUAUGAACUCAUGUUUAAGGAUUUUAUUGUCCCCAGCUGGAAUAUCAAUGCUUAGACUGUGGUCUCUCGCUAGCAGUGACUUUAUGUUGGUUUGUCAGGUCAUUCACCAAAAAUAAGUUGCAUACUCAAACUAAAACUGAGUUUGAAAGUGUUAACAUGCAAUGCUGGAACUUGUGGGUGUGUGUAGGAGACUGCGAAAACACCAUCACUUCUGGGACUCUCAACUUGCCGGCUGUUUUUGACAGGACUUUGAAGGACUUUGAAAGGACUUCAUACUUCACACACUGGUGCAAUUUAAAAGACCUAAUAAUGUCAUCUUGUUUGGUUGUUUGGUUUUGGACUGUACAUAUGCAAUAAACAAAAUGCCAAAUCA